AUGGCAGGCCUUCUCCUGAUUAGGGGGCCUGGAGGGGGUCCAUACCAGGGGAUGCAGGAUGAGGAGGGGGGGGCGGGGUUUGGGGAUGACGUGGAGGAGGUGAACCUUCUAGAAGAACUCUCGCUGCAGGUGUCCAACAGCAGCAAUGCCUCCAUGUCUCUGGAUGCUAAGAGGUGUCCGGUGCUGCAGGUGGGACAGUACUCCACCCUGGCCCUGCCCCUAGCAGAACUCUUCACUAAUGGGUUUGCAGAUGAGUUCAGCCUAUUGGUGCAGCUGCGGAGCCCUCAGCUAGACGAACACAGUGUGCUCACCCUGCUCAGCCACGACAGCCACAUCCUGCUGCAGCUGCGCAUCAGUGCGUACACACUCACCUUCAUCGGGACGCAACAGCGCCUCUACGAGUUCCCAGUCAGUAGUCUGUCUGACGACCAGUGGCACCAUGUGGCUGUGAGUGUGUCAUCCGCUAGACUGGCGCUGUAUGUGGAUUGUGCCCUGGUGGAGCGUGUGGACUGGGUGUACCAGGGUAUGGGAAUUACCCCUGACGGUCUACUCAUGGUGGGGGGCAUCGUAGAGGGCUUUGAGACACCCUUUGAGGGCCAACUCCGACAGCUGACGUUCCUGAUGGGCGACCCAGACGCCGCCCACCACCACUGCACUCUCCACCCUGUCCAGUGUGGGGGGGCUGCCUCCAAGGCCCCCCGCUCACUACGGACCGACCACACCAUGGAGGAGCUCCUGCUGUCCUCAAAUGACCUGGAAGACCUGUUAGAGCGAUCCAAGGAUUCCUCUUUCUUGGAUGUGGAGGUGGGGGAGACUGAUGUGUUUGGGCAGACUGGGAGUCAGCGUGGGGACGGGACAUGGGGUCCCCACCAGAAAGGUAUGGUGGGACGAGGAGACGUCUUUGUGGUGGAUGAAGACACAGAUCUGGCUGAUCCAAAUCUCCACGGGGGGCACCUUAAUCCUCAGUGGAAACCCAGCAGGCAGGGCCCUAAGGGCAGCCAUGAGGGCAAGCCUGAGCCCUCCUCCAAACUCCUGGACGAGAACAUCACCAUGGACAAGAAGACGGCAGACUCUGGACUGAGGGGCAUCGGCCUGUUUCCCGGGAAACCCUCGGAUGACAGCAUUAUUGAUUUGGAUCCUGAGUUUUCCUCGAAGAAGCCUUCCAUUGUUAAGACUCCAAUAAAGACCCCCCUGGACCCGGAGCACCCAGACUUUAACCUGCUGAGGCAGGAGGUGGAGGGGCCCCAGACCCCCUUACGGACCGCCCUCGCCCCCACCUCAGUGCCCCCUGCCCCCCCUCUAGAAGCUGUGACUGAGGAGAGGAGACCCACCACACACAUCCCCACCCAGCCUGACCCAAACCCUGACUGUGCUAUCACUGUGGAACGAGGACCAGAACGCCCAGGCACUGUGACCAUCGUAUCCAGAGAAGGGGACCUGGUUCUGGGCUCUGAUGGCCAGAUGUAUAGGGUCCAGAGAGGGCCCCCAGGCAGAAUGGGGCCCCCAGGAAAGGAGGGUUUUGCUGGUCACGCUGGCUUGCGUGGGUUCAAAGGUGACAAGGGCCAGCUGGGGUCUGAGGGGCGUGCAGGGCGACAGGGGGAUCCAGGCCCCCCCGGCCCACCUGGCCUGCCCUCUUUCUACCUGUGGAAGAACACUGUUGAGGAGUGGGCUACUUUUCAGAAAACCUCUUUCUACCAGUUGCUCAGCGCUGGCUGGCCUAGGGAGCAGGGACCCCCAGGACCAGCUGGGGAGAUGGGGAAGCCAGGCCCACAGGGGCCAACAGGUGAUCCUGGUCAACGAGGGCCUCCAGGAGUAAUGGGAGAAAUGGGUGAGCCGGGGCCAAAUGGCGUGGCGGGCAGAGCAGGGCUCCAUGGGAAAGAUGGCGCGAAUGGGCAGGACGGUCAGCCUGGGACGCUGGGUGAUCCCGGGCGACAGGGACCCUUCGGGUACAGGGGAGACGGCGGUUCCAAAGGAGAAAAGGGGGAGGAGGGCCUUAUUGGAGCAAAGGGUCGAAGAGGCCGUAUGGGAGAACCGGGCGAGAAGGGCUCCAUUGGUUUACCAGGCCGUCACGGUUUUGUUGGUCCACGUGGACCUCAGGGAGUCAGAGGGGCCACUGGCCCAGAGGGGCCCCCCGGCCCUGAUGGGGAGGCUGGGUUUGAUGGGUCUCCAGGGUCUCCUGGGUCAAUGGGAGCCGCUGGUUUCACAGGCUCUGUCGGCGCUCAGGGAGUUAACGGCUCAAAGGGAGAGUUGGGCCUUGUUGGAGUUGUUGGCCCCAGAGGCCCGCAGGGGCCCCAGGGUUUAGAUGGUGAGAGUGGGCCUCCAGGUCUCAGAGGAAUUCAGGGACAGCUUGGGAUGAGUGGUGCCGCUGGUCCGAAAGGUGACCCUGGACCAAUGGGGAUGAUGGGUAUCCGGGGUGAGCUAGGGUUCGAGGGGCCCAUGGGCCCACUGGGAACACAAGGUCCAAUGGGUUUCCCUGGUACUACUGGCAAAAGAGGACCAGACGGGGAUAAGGGAGACCCUGGACCAAAGGGGGAGAGAGGUGUUCAGGGUGCUUUGGGUAUCCAAGGGCCUCAGGGAGAGAGGGGUCCCAGUGGCCCCCCUGGCUUUACAGGGCUCAAAGGUCAACCUGGCACUAAAGGCAUUGAGGGGGAGAAUGGAGAAACUGGCCCUCAGGGAAAACUGGGCAGAGAGGGGCUGAAGGGGAAUAGAGGAACCGAUGGGCGCAACGGCAAGCCUGGACACAGAGGAACCAAGGGUCGCAUGGGUCAGAGAGGGAAUGUUGGCCAGCCUGGUCAACCGGGCUUGCCAGGCCCUCCCGGGACAGAGGGACCAGAAGGAAAGCCUGGUACACAGGUUCCCAUUCUAUAUCAUAUUUCAAUACAGUGAUCACACCCCUGAAAACACUGCGCUUGUAUAUACUGCAUACACUGAGCCAUGUACA